AUGCGCGCUGACCUCGCUUUGAGCCUCGAAGACGUCAACAAGCAGGUCGAAGCUCUCAAACAGGAAUAUGCAACAAAGGGCAUCUCGCUCACCGGCAGGAUUAUCCAUGUCACCCACUACCUUCCCCUCACCGCAAGUCUCGCACCCAACAAGAACGGUGUCCUCUCUCCACCACUCACGCCACCCGUCAAGCCUUCCGAUGUAGCUUCUGAAUCGGACGUGUUGCCGCGUUGGAUUAUCGGUCCCCGCUGGGGUCACUCUGCAAUGUUCAGUGGCAUUCAGUCACUUAGCAAUGCGCAUGACCAGGUCAUAAUUGGGUGGAUAGGUGACCUUGAGCGUGGGUCAGCCUCGACGGGCGAGAAGGUUAAGAUUCCGACUUCUGCUGUAUCAGACGCGGACCGUGCGGCACUCACCGAGGCCAUUGAAAGGCACAAGUCUGAGGACGGUCCGACGAGAUACAUCCCGGUCUGGUUGGAGGAUAAUAUUGCACACGGUCAUUAUGAUGGGUAUUGCAAGACGACCCUCUGGCCGCUGUUCCAUUAUCUGUUGUGGCAGGACGUCGCUACUGAGGUAGCAAGCGCAGAUGAACACUGGACGGAAUACGAAGAGGCGAACUACGUGUAUGCUCGACGUGUAGCAGAAGUAUACAAGCCCGGUGACCUCGUCUGGGUUCAUGACUACCACUUAUUACUUGUCCCGCAUCUGCUUCGACAACUCAUUCCGGACGCAAUUACCGGUCUCUUCGUACAUACGCCGUUCCCGAGCUCUGAAAUCUUCCGGUGUUUGCCACGUCGGAAGGAAAUCCUUGACGGCAUGCUGGGUGCGAACCUCGUGUGUUUCCAGACUUAUUCGUAUUCGCGCCAUUUCACGUCGUCGUGCAUCCGGGUGUGUGGGUAUGAGAGCGCCUCGAAAGGGAUUGAUAACCAGGGACAUGUCACGACUGUGGCUCACUGCCCUGUCGGUGUUGAUGCGGAGCGCAUUGCUAAAGAUGUCGUUAGACCGGGGGUCCAGCCUAAACUCGAUGCUCUUCGUUCGCUGUAUGAAGGCAAGAAGAUCAUCGUUGCCCGUGACAAGCUCGAUGUCGUAAAGGGUGUCGUGCAGAAGCUUCGUGCGUUCGAACGGCUGUUGCAGGAUUAUCCGGAGUGGGUGGGCAAUGUGGUCCUGAUUCAGGUCACAUCGCCUGCUUUGACGGACUCACCGAAGCUGGAACGUCAAGUGUCUGAGCUCGUUGCUCACAUUAAUGGCGAGUUCGGAGCGCUUGACUUUGUGCCGGUUCACCACUACCAUCAGACAAUCAAGCGAGACGAGUUCUAUGCGCUCCUGUCAUGCGCGGACCUCGCCGUCAUCACCCCUCUCCGUGACGGGAUGAACACGACCUCAAUGGAAUUCGUAAUAGCACAACAGCUAACCAAGAAAAGCCCUCUCGUUCUAUCAGAAUUCAUGGGGAUCUCAAGCACGAUGGAAGAAGCACUCCAAGUGAACCCGUGGGAUCUAGGAGGAGUGGCAGCAGCCAUCCAUCGCGGACUACUCAUGUCCGACGACGACAAGAUUUCACGACACUCCAAGCUGUACAAAUCCGUCACGACACACACGAGCCAUACAUGGGCUGCAUUGCUCGUUCGUCACCUACUCCAGCAGAUCGGUACAGAGCACACGGCGCACAGCACGCCCUUCCUUUCGCGGGAACGGCUGAACGAGGCGUACGCUAAGGCGAACCGCCGGUUGUUCUUGUUCGAUUAUGAUGGGACGUUAACGCCUAUUGUCAAGACCCCGAGUAUGGCUGUACCGUCUGGUGAGACGCUCGAGGCGCUGGAGAAGUUGAGUGCGGAUCCUAAGAAUGUGGUGUACAUCAUUUCGGGGAGGGAUGGCGAAUUCCUCGAGACGCAUUUGGGACAUCUGAAGAAAUUGGGUAUGUCAGCUGAACAUGGGUCCUUCCUGAGGGAACCUGGACAAUCGGAAUGGCUCAACUUGACGGAGAAGUUGGACAUGAGCUGGAUGUCCGAGGUCGAGGAGAUCUUCCGGUAUUAUACGGAACGCACGACAGGAAGCCACAUCGAAAUCAAGAAAAGCUCAAUUACGUGGCAUUAUCGGUCAUCCGACCCGGAAUGGGGGUUAUUCCAAUGCAGACAAUGCCAAGACCUACUAGAGAACAACUUGGCGCGUAAAAGACCCAUUGAAGUACUCGUAGGGAAGAAGAACCUCGAAGUCCGUCCUCUGGCAGUCAACAAAGGCGAGAUCGUCAAACGGAUACUCUACGAACAUCCCGAAGCGGAGUUCGUGUUUUGUGCAGGGGACGAUAAGACGGACGAAGAUAUGUUUAGGGCGCUUGCACCGUUUACGUCUGCGUUGAACGGAUCGAGCGUGAUGGACGCGCCUGUUGGUGUGGAGCUGAAAAACGGGAAUGGGAACGGGAAUGGGAAUGGGGAGGAGGGGACGGAAACACCGCCGAAAGAGAUUGCGUUGAAACCGGAGGGAGUGUUCUCGAUUGCUGUGGGGUCGAGUAGUAAGAAGACGUUGGCGAGUUGGCAUGUUACGAGUCCGCAUGAGGUUGUUGAGCAUUUGUUGGGUCUCGUUUCGCAGUGAGAUUGGCGGGGAGAAGCUCUAGUGAUUUAAUUCCUUCUGAUCUCUCUCUCUCUCUCUCUGUGGCUCUCUUUCUUUCUUCUUAAUCUCGCUUUUUUGGCCUUGCUUUUGAUGUGCUGGUGGUCUCUUCUUCUCUUUUCCUCCGUCAUAUUUCUCGUUUAGAGGUUGCGUGCUUCAUGCUUGGGAUUAUGGACGAACGACAACAUCCAUUUCCAUGAUCAUUGACUGUAUCAGCAAAAUUGGACUUUUGUAGUGCAAAAAGGAACCAGCGACGAAAAACACGAAGUAGCAGUAGUAGUUUGUAAAAAGCUGUGUAUCAUCAUACUGCGUUUGUAUAUCUUCUCUUCCGUAGUAUUCGUGCAGUAGUCGAAAUCGGAGUAAUAGAAGUGG